CUUGUCCCUAAGGUCAACGUUCACAAAGGCGGGGUGGGAUGAAGGCUGUUGGUAGUGGACGGCUAAGGCCGUUUCUUGUCGUUAGCCUCUCAUUUAUUGGAUUCACAUCGUUGCUUAUAUAUAUCACUCGCCGGUUGCCCUCACUUCCAGAGGAACAUCGAGGACACUUUAAAUUCCCUCACAAUGUUGACGAGCUAAAAAAUAUUGGUAUAGUCCUGUCAGAAUACCAAGACAAUUACUACUGGCAAAUAUUAAUUCUGAUAAGCAUCGUUUUAAUAUUCCUUCAAUCAUUCAUGAUACCAGGUUCGAUCGUGUGUGUGGUUCUAUUGGGGUAUCUGUUUCCUUUCCCAGUCGCGGUCAUUAUUGUAGCUUUGUGUUCGGCGAUUGGGGCGUCACUGUGCUAUCUUCUCGUUGGCUUUAUCGGUUCCAAAGUACUGAUGUAUUUCAUCCCCGAAAAAAUUGAAUUAUGUCGUCAAACAAUCCAGCGGUACCGACAUGCAAUGUUUUUUUGUAUAUGCUGUUUACGAAUAUGUCCUUUCAUCCCAAAUUGGCUUGUGAAUAUUUCUUCUCCAAUAAUUGAUAUCCCAUUGGUUCAUUUCUUCUUUGGAACAUUUGUAGGAGUAGUUCCAUUAUCAUUAGUAUUCAUUAAAGCAGGAACUGUGCUUCAAGAACUCACAGAUUUAGGUGUUACUUCUUUAGCUUCAUUUUCAACACUGAUAAUUUUAGCUGGUUUAUCACUUCUACCUUUAGUCUUUCGUAAUCAACUCCGUGAAGCAUUUUUAUAGUCGACUUUAUGUUCUCUCACUCUUGUUAUGUUGAUUGAUUUUGUGUUCAUCACACAUUAACUGAAUUAGCUAAAGUAUCUAGAAGUGAUCACAUUGUACAUAUUUUUUGGUAGAUGUUUAAAAAUAUUUUUGAGCUGUUUUAACAGUGUUCAUUUGAAUCCUGUGAUGAUAAAAGCAAUAUUGCGAAAUUCUGUUGUUUCUCUUCAUUUUUCAAUUCUAGUUUUGUGAUCUGCUAACUAUUAACACCACAGUUGGUUCUUAUUUACGCUUUUUUUCCUAUUACCUAUUAUCCUUCAGUGAUUGGCUGUAUACAGCUUGUUAUCAGAUUGUUUUCUUUGUUACUUGGGUUUAAAAUUCAGUCGUUACAUUUAUGUGCAUGUGCAGUUGAUUAAUUUAUGUUAAUAUAUAUUUGCUGUUACAG